AGGAGUCUUUGCCUUCGUCUUCGUUUUUCGCCUUCGAACCCCUCUCCCUCUACCUCGCGCCCCCUCUCUCUACUAUCUCGUGUUGCCCGAGCUCGCGGCGGCGCCGGCCAUGGCGGAGCCCGCUGGGGGCGGCGCUCUCAGGAACGCCUUCGGGGGCGUUCUGAGCAUCUUCAUCCUCAUCCUCAUUGGAGUCCUCGCCUUCUCGAUCCGACUCUUCUCCGUGAUCAAGUACGAGAGUGUGAUCCAUGAGUUCGAUCCCUACUUCAACUACCGAGUCACUCAGUUUCUUACUAAGAAUGGAAUUUAUGACUUUUGGAACUGGUUCGAUGAUCGAACUUGGUAUCCACUUGGUCGAGUGAUUGGUGGAACCGUAUACCCUGGAUUGACACUAACAGCGGGGACCAUGUGGUGGAUAUUGAAUUCCCUCAACAUUCCGUUGUCAGUUGAGACUGUCUGCGUGUUUACUGCUCCUAUUUUUUCGGCAAAUGCAUCUUGGGCUACCUACCUUCUGACAAAGGAAGUUAAAGGUGCUGGAGCCGGAUUGACUGCAGCAGCAUUACUAGCAAUGGUUCCUUCAUAUAUUUCACGAUCUGUUGCUGGCAGCUACGACAAUGAAGCUGUAGCAAUAUUUGCUCUUAUAUUUACAUUUUAUCUAUAUAUAAAGACACUGAAUACAGGGUCACUUUUUUAUGCUACGCUAAAUGCUAUCGCAUAUUUCUACAUGGUCUGCUCUUGGGGAGGCUACACAUUCAUCAUCAAUCUUAUCCCAAUGCAUGUACUCCUAUGCAUUGUAACUGGCCGCUACUCUUCGCGCUUGUAUAUUGCUUAUGCCCCUCUUGUUGUCUUGGGAACUCUUCUAGCAGCAUUGGUACCUGUAGUUGGUUUUAAUGCUGUGGUGACGUCAGAGCACUUCGCAUCAUUUCUGGUUUUCAUAAUCCUUCAUGUGGUUGCUCUUGUAUAUUAUAUCAAAAGGAUUCUAUCUCCAGCUAUGUUCAAAGUGGCUGUGACACUGGUUGUGACCAUUGGCAUGGCUGUUUGUUGUGCAGUAAUAGCUAUACUUAUAGCAUUGGUGGCUUCUAGCCCGACAAAAGGAUGGAGUGGGCGUAGUUUGAGUUUACUUGACCCGACUUAUGCAAGCAAGUACAUACCUAUUAUUGCUAGUGUCAGUGAGCAUCAGCCACCAACAUGGCCUUCAUAUUUUAUGGACAUCAAUGUGUUGGCUUUCUUGGUUCCUGCUGGCAUCAUAGCAUGCUUUUUACCUUUAUCUGAUGCCAGCUCAUUCGUGGUCCUAUAUUUAGUAACAUCAGUAUAUUUCUCUGGAGUAAUGGUGCGCCUUAUGCUUGUAUUGGCCCCAGCAGCAUGCAUCACCUCAGGAAUUGCUCUUUCUGAAGCAUUUGAUGUUUUUACCCGAUCAAUCAAGUUUCAACUGCCUAAUUUAUUUAGUAAUUCUCCCAGUGCAGGGGAUAAUAGUUCAGAGAGUUCUGUUUCUCAAGAUGUAGUGAAGAAUGAUAACCAUAGACAGGUUGAGAAAUCUGAAACUGUUCCGAAAGUAAAAGGUGAUAAUUCUAGACCAACAGAGAAAUCUGAAGCUGUUAUGAAAGGAAAGCAAUCGAAGAAGAAUCGCAAGAAGGAAAAGGAUUUGGAGGAAGAGGACAUUCUUAAGCCUAAGAAGGAAAGAAGGCUUUUAGUGUUGCCUUUAGAAGCAUCUGCAGUCGCCAUUCUUCUUCUGAUUGUCCUUGGUGGCUUUUAUGUGGUCCAUUGCGUAUGGGCGGCAGCAGAAGCAUAUUCUGCACCCUCAAUUGUUCUAACAUCUCAUUCACAUGAUGGCUUGCAUGUUUUUGAUGACUUCCGUGAAGCAUAUGCAUGGUUGCGACAUAAUACUGAUGAAGAUGAUAAGGUGGCAUCUUGGUGGGAUUAUGGUUAUCAAACGAGUGCCAUGGCUAACCGUACUGUUAUAGUAGACAAUAAUACUUGGAAUAACACCCAUAUAGCAACAGUUGGUACAGCCAUGUCUUCCCCAGAGAAGGCUGCAUGGGAGAUCUUUAACUCUUUAGAUGUCAAAUAUGUCCUGGUAGUCUUUGGAGGCCUCGUUGGCUACCCUAGUGAUGAUAUUAAUAAAUUCUUGUGGAUGGUUCGCAUUGGAGGUGGUGUGUUUCCUCACAUCAAGGAACCUGAUUAUCUUAGGGAUGGCCAGUACCGCAUUGAUGCUCAGGCUACUCCGACGAUGCUGAAUUGCCUCAUGUACAAGCUCUCUUAUUACAGGUUUAUUGAGGCAGAUGGUUCAGGCUUUGACAAGGUCAGGAGAACAGAAAUAGGGAAGAAACAUUUUAAGCUAACCCAUUUUGAGGAGGCGUUUACCACUCAUCACUGGAUGGUUCGCAUUUACAAACUUAAACCUCCGAAGAAUAGGAUCAAGGGAAAAUGGAAGAAAUCUAAAUCGAGCUCAAAGUCGAGUUCCAAAAGGAAUGGAGCUACGAGGAAGAACCCAUGGCAGUAAUCCUCGGAAUAUUUUCCACUAAUCAGUGUUCGGCUUUGUUAUUCACAUGACGCUUGGUAGAGAGUAUUGAGAUUGCUCAUGUUCGUGCGGUGGAAUGAAUAUUAGAGAUUAUAAUUUUGACAAUCACCUCCUCGUAUACUGUAGAAUUGUUUCCUGUGUUUUCUUUACGAAAAACAGACAGAUGAUCGUGAAAUUUUUUAGAGGUGAAAUCAAAAAUUAUUGUAGAGACUAUAAAGGUUAGUGAGGUUAUUUAUUUCCGCAAUCUCUUAACGAACUACACUGACAAUUAUGGUGAUU